CACUAUGCUUGCAUACACGGCCGCCUCGAUAUGCUUGAUGUUUUGCUAUCCGGUAUGGAUGUGCCCCUUUUGAUACAGGUUGAAAGUCCAUGUUGACAUGCCACACCUAGUUUCUCCCAAGACCAUCAAUCUCACCGAUCAUGAUAAUUAUACGCCCCUCAUUCACUGCAUUGUCCAUAAGCACUUGGAGUGCGUUGGCCGAUUGUUAGAGCGGUCUGCCCGGCUCGACCCCGUCUCCGAUAACGACCACGCACCCCUUAAUCUCGCCUGCGAGCAUGGCUCGUUGGCCAUUGCUGAGCUUCUUCUCAAGCAUGGCGCCCAGAUCCUGCCUGACGCUGAAGGACUCUACCCCCAGCAUGCGGUGGCAAGGGCCGGUCAAACGCCGGAGCUCCUCCUCCUUUUGAAGAACUACGGAGCCGACCUUGAUCAACCGGAUAAGCUCUACGGAUGGACGCCGCUAGUGCAUGCAGCGAGUGAAGGAAACGUACCAUGUCUCCAGGCACUUCUCGAUGUCGGCGCGAACCCCAGUAUCUUGGACGAGAAGGGACUUUCGGCCUUGUAUUAUGCGGCUUGGGAAGGCCAUCUGGAGUGCAUGAAGCUCCUCACACCAUUCAACGAGAAGAAGGAAGCCAACCCGUCAGUGGUGCACAUGGCGGGCUCGCUAGGACCACUAGCCACCAGUAGUGCCCCUUUACCCAUGGCGAUGGAUUUGGAUUCUAUCCCGGCGCUCGAACUCCCGCCGCCCAUCAUCCCUUUACGCCGCUACGGGCACAACUUCCUCGACACGAAAACAGUGGUGCAACUUACAUUUGGGGAUAAUGGAGAAGAACCAUUGGUCUUCUUCCACGAUAGCAAAUAUCCCGCUGCACGCAUCACCAUUUCAUCCAAGGCCUCAGAACUCAUCCCCAAGAACGUUAUGCUUCCCUUUCAAGAAGAUACACGACUCGUCUCGUUCCAAAUCGACAGCCUUGAUUCGUUUACACUAGACUUUGACGUCUUUCCCGCCUACGGGGCCAAGGUGAUUGCCAAGACCGUGGCACUGCCCAAUACGUUCCGGGCCUUGCUGGACAGCAACUCUGCCAGCUGCUGUCUACCGUUGUUUGACCCCCGACUGCGCGCCAUUGGACAGAUCAGCUUCCAUACGCAGGUCAUCAAACCUUUCCAGGGCAAACCGCUGGAGAUCACCGAUUUCGAGACGUACUGGAAGGCCACGAGCCAGCUGGACACGGCCACCACGGCGACGGCCAUGAGCAGCAGCACCUUUGUCACGGGGUCCAGCUUGUCGGGCGAUUUUGUCCGGAUCUAUGUCCAGCAUACAAGCGAUGGCAUCCCGGUCCUCUGGCCGCGCUGGACCGUCAGCUGCGGCGGCAUCGAGGUGCCGGUAUCACGCCUGACUUUGUCUCAGUUCCGCACGGCCACCGGGCCCGGGCCACAUUCUCCUCUCCCGCCUGAUGACAUUGCUUCUGUACAUGACAUUCUCGCUACAUCAGGGGGCACUACCCUCCACGACGCCCUCUCCCUCCUCCCAACGGGCAUGCAUGUGAACAUCCAAGUGCUGUACCCGACGGCCGAUGAGCGGGAGCGGCUAGCGCUCAGGGAGCUGGGUCUUAGCGCCGACCUAAACGCCUUUGUAGACGCUAUCCUGACCGUGGUGUUCGACCAUGCCCGUAUGCAGCGGGCCCAGGGUCAGGGCCCGGACGCAGUGCGGUCCGUCGUGUUCAGCUCGUACAACGGGAGUAUCUGCACGGCGCUAAACUGGAAGCAGCCCAACUUCCCCGUAUUCCUGUGCAACGACCUGGGAAGGCAGCCGCAGGACGAGGCAGGGACCGCCAUGGCUCAGCACAAGGCUUGCUCGAUCAAGGAUGCUGUCAGGAUGGCGACGAGCAAUAAUUUCAUGGGCUUGCUAUGCUGCGAGCGGUUGCUGGUAAGUUUGACUCUUUCUCGGCCCCUUUUUCUUCUCUCGCCAGAGGCUAGCGGUGGUGCGGCAGCUAACAGCGAUGUCAAUAGGACAUGGUGCCUGCGCUAGUGGAUGCCAUCAAGUCGCAUGGUCUGGCGCUUGUCGUGGACAAGUCAGGCCAGGCUUUGAGGUCGCCCGACCUUGGGCCGUUGGCUGAUCCGUUCCCGCGUCUGCCGAAGGGGGUUGACGGGGUGCUGAAGGGGAAUGGCGUGCUACGGUUUAAUGAAUCAAUAGACGUGU